UCGUAACCGGGUGAUUAGCCCAGAAGAAAACGACUUUGUGGCUGGGCCGUGUGUUUAACUGCCGUAAAGCAGAGGAAGGUUAAAGUAACUCGGAUAAAAGCGUCAAAACAGGCAUCAUGCCGCUUGUGGACAUCCAGUCAUGGCUCGGCAUCAACAUAGACCGCUGGAUGCUGCUGCAGAGCGGUGAGCAGCCGUACAAGCAGGCGGCGCGGUGCCACGCCUUCGAGAAGGAAUGGGUCGAGUGCAGCCACGGCAUCGGCCAGAUCCGGGCCAAAAAGGAGUGCCAGCUGGAGUUUGAGGAUUUCUUUGAGUGCAUGUACCGUAAGAAGACGCGUCAGAGGAUGCACGCCAUCCGUGAGCAGCGUGACAAACUGAUAAAGGAGGGGAAGUACACACCGCCCGCUCACCACACCGGCCAACCCGACCAGAACCCAUGAAGGAUCUGACCUCAGCUCAGUUUCUGUCAGAUUUCACCAUUUCCUGUUCCGCUGUAAAAAUGUGCAAAUAAUAAAUGUUAAUGCCUACCGU